AUGGGUGCGUUAGAUUGUGUUAGUGCAAGUAAAAUAUCACCCACGGACAGUACGGAGGUGUUCGCAGUCGACCGUUCAGAUACAUCGUUAGAUAAGACGAAACGAGACAUCGAAUCGCAGUUAUUGCAAUACAAGACAAAUUCUCGAAGACAUGGUAUCUGGUGGACUUUAGGCGUUGACGUUCCAUUGUUAUCGAUCGUUGCAACACUCCUCGGCCUUCAACAGCUAGGCAUGUUGCCCCAGCACAAGAGCGGCUUCUUCUGCAACGAUCCAGCACUGUCGUAUCCAUACCUUGGCGACACGAUUUCAAUGGCAGUCAUCAUCUGCUCCAUAAUUGCGUGUCCAUUGUUUCUGAUCUUGAUCACAGAACUGGUGUUCACUGAUGCAGAACAAUCAACACGAUUGAAGUUAGUCCAUUCGUCCAAAAAGGCUCUUUGGCUGUACAGAAGCUAUGCCUAUGGCUUGCUGUUUAAUGUCUCAAUCAUUGAGGUGAUGAAGGCCGUGUCUGGUAAUCCAAGGCCAACCUUCUUCGAUAUAUGCGAGCCUGAUACGGCUAAGACUUGCAAUGGCUCCGAUUUCGUGAGUACAUUCAGUUGCACGUCGACGCGCUUCUCGGCUUGGUAUCAAAUGGACUCCUAUCAUAGUUUCCCGUCCGGACAUACAUCGCUUUCUGUUUAUUGUGGAUUGUUCAUGGCGUGGUACCUCCAAAGACGCGCAUUCGACUGGAGCCACCGCUCAGUAUUCCUCGUACCAGUUCUGCAACUCAUUUGCGUCACGUACGCCGUCGUGUGCUCGCUCACCAGGAUAUCAGACCACCGACACCAUUGGUGGGAUGUUCUCACCGGAGCUGUUGUUGGCAUUAUCUGCUUAGUUUAUACAGUAAUCGUCCUCUGCGACAACUUCUCUUACGCGGAAAAAGUAAACACAGAAGAUAUCAACAUGACAACAAGCCAACAAACCACAAGGACUACUAUAUGA